AUCAGCUGUACUCUAAAUAGUCUUCAGGCAGAAUCAUUUCUACACGGAUUCUGCAACAUGAAAAGAAUGAAGAGUUGGCUCCACUGUUGGCUGAUCUUGGCUUUGGUGUCUCAAAACAUUACCUGGCAAAAGCUGGUUUCCAAUAAUGGUUUAGGUCCGGGUUGCAAUAAUGGUUUAAGUCAAGAUCAAAGGUGUAAUUCAAAAGGCAAUGGAGUUAAGGCACAACACUUUAGGACAGGUCAUAAACAAGAUCACACCAAAUUGUGUGUUAAUAAAGUGCUGAACAACAAACAAGGCGUCAAACAUAUUGGAACAGCGAUUAAGAACAUUGCACAUUUUCUGGAGGACACAGAGGUGAAUGAGUCUACAUCACUGUCUUUCAACAAUUCGGUGGCCUUCCUGCACAAACCAAAAGGCCGCUUCAAAGGCCUCGAGUUUUAUGCCAGUGAGAAUGAGGUAAUGACAGGCAAGUCUGUCCCCAAUUGCAAAGUGAGGGUUCAACUGCCAAGGGAGCUCGAUGCUGGAUCAGAAAACUCCAUUGUUUUCCACAUGCUUACCUGGCCUGAAGCAAACUGGACCAUACGUGAAGCCUCGGCUGAAUUAUAUGAGAGCAGACUGUUUGGCCUGAGUGUGCGGUGCAAGAAUAUCUCAGGACUUCAGGAGCGCGUCAACAUCACAUUGGCUGUUACUGUGAAUGAUACCCAAAUGCCCUGCUGUGUGUUCUUAAACUAUUCAACAAACGACUUUAGCACUGAUGGCUGUCUGACUCUGUGGGAACCUGGUCAGAGAAACAUCAUCUGCUCCUGUGACCACCUCACAUACUUUGGCGUGCUCAUGGUAUCUUCUGCCUCCCUCUCACAAACAGACCUGCAGAUUCUGACAUACAUCACUCUGAUUGGUUGUAGUCUUUCUCUGUUUGCCCUGAUCAUCACUGUUCUGCUCUUCAUCGCAAAUAGAAAAGUCCGAGCAGAUAUCUCUAUGAAGGUCCACAUCAACCUGGCCAUUGCCCUGAUCCUCCUCAACCUGCACUUCCUCCCCAGCCAGACGGUGGCAGCAUCGUCCUCCACCGAGCUCUGCUUCUACAUGGCCGUCUCUCUUCACUACUCCCUGCUGGCCACUUUCAGCUGGAUGGCCCUGGAGGGCUUACACCUCUACCUUCUCUUAGUCAGAGUCUUCAACAUUUAUAUCCGGAAAUACUUGCUCAAGCUCAGCUUGGUGGGAUGGGGUCUCCCUGCAGUCAUUGUGGCCCUGGUGGUCAUCAUCGACAGAAGCUCGUAUGGACGCAUCCCUCUGGACUCUUCUAACCCCAAUAGCACACAAAUAUGCUAUAUAGGGAAUACCACACUGAAGAUGGUGACCACAGUGGGAGUGUUUGGCUUGGUUUUCCUCUUCAACGUGACCAUGUUGGGGGUGACAGUCAGACAGGUGGUGAGUCUGCACCAGAGCAAAAAGUUUGGGCAGAGUGACAGUAACAGAGCCAAGAAGGACAUCUGUACGCUGCUGGGAGUCACCGCUCUGCUGGGCAUUACCUGGGGCCUGGUCUUCUUCUCCUUUGGCUACCUGACCACGCCUGGCCUCUACCUCUUCUGCAUCCUCAACUCACUGCAAGGUUUAUUCAUCUUCCUGUGGUUCGUGAUGUCUCUGAGAAGGAAUGGACAGCAAUCUACAACUAGUGUAACACCCAGCACCAAUACCUAAGCCUCAUCCAACACAUCAAGACUUUUAUUUAUUUUUUAUGUCUCCUCCAUACCUAGCAAAAGCAUUUUUCAUACUUCCAUUCUGUCGCAAAUAUUUGAUCAUGACAAAAACUUGCAAGCUACUCACAGAUAAGCACAAUCUAAAUUUGAACCAUGACAUUUCCCGCUGUCAUGUUUAUGCCCUUUGCAUUUUGAUUUCCUCCUCUGAACAACAUUCAGAAUAGCAGUUGUCUUUUUCCCAGGUUGUCAAAUACUGACACUUUGUAACGCCGCUCAGCGUUUAAUACCCACACCCAUAGCUGCUUUCCCCCCCCACCCAUGCAUGACUGUAGUGGUAUGAAGGGGUUGCCACCCAUGUUUGAGCGCACAGAUUUUGCCAAGCAGCUUUUAGUACAGUUUUAUUUUGUUGGUGAAUGCUCUUGCAGGUAGUAAAAGCAGUGCAUGGCACCCUUAGUACAAAAAUGUCUUCCAUUUUUGUAAAGCACUUUGAAUUGCCUUGUGUUGAAAGGUGCUAUAUAAAUAAACUUGCCUUGCCUUGCCUUGCCUUGCCUUAAGUGUUUGUAUCAGCACCAUGCUUACAAAAUGUGAAUUCAUGUAAACCAAUCCACAACAAUAAUAGGUCAGACAACAGCUCACUUUAACUCUGUCCGCGUAGAGAAGUGACUAAUCUUACUAUAUAUUAUGCACGUAGGAAAACUUAUAACAUACUUAACCAACAUCACAUAUUUCACCCAUUUUUACAUUACAUAAAUUACUGCUAAUUUAACCCAAACAAUUAACCUUUUUCUUUUAACAUCACCAAGUAGUGUUGUUGCCUAAUCCAAAGUAACACCAAGGGUACACAGUGAGUUACAAAGAGACUGCAAAGCAUUCAUGUGAUGAGACCACGUUGGUUAUUUCUCCAUUCCACUAACCCUAACCCUAAAUGUACAAUACGAAAUAGGGUCCAGAAGAAAACCCAGAAUAAGCAAAUGCAGUGGCUCUCCUGGAGUUCUCCAGAGGUUUAAGAAACAAUUGCAAAUAGUUUUUAUGCCUCCAGACACACAUCCACUUUUUCCACGUUGUGUCCAAAGGCAAAUAUUUAUACACAGAUCUGAGUCUGAUCUGGCUUUGAUUGGGUGCAGUGAGACAGCAGAGAUUCUCUAAGAGUGUAUGUCUGGUGGCCUUAUCCUACAGAUAAAAUAUAUUGUAUUUAAAAUAGGCUACUGAUGUUCAUCAUGUCUAUAUAUGUAUAUAUUAAA